AUGCCAGCCGCUAUCGCUAUCAUCUUUGCCGUAGUUGGCAUCCUCGUUCUGCGACUGCUGAGGUCCUACCUUCGGCUAGCGGAUAUCCCCGGUCCAUUCUGGGCCAAGUUCACGGAUCUUUGGCGAUUCCGUUCUCAGAAUAGCAAAGGCCACACUGCAAGGCUCAUCGCACUGCACAAGGAACAUGGAAAGCUCGUACGCCUGGGGCCCAACCAUGUCAGCAUCAGCGACCCAGCAGCCAUUCCUAUCGUCUACAGCACAAACCCAACAUGGAAGAAGGGUCCUUCCUACUAUGGAGCGGUUCCCAUAAGCAAGAAACGGGCUGUGCCCAGCAUCAUCGCCAUGAGCGAGAAACAGCACACGGCGGUGCGCAAAUCAGUCGGCCGUGCCUUUACUACCAACUCUCUACUGGACUACGAAGAUUCUAUCGAAGCCACCGGCAAGGAGCUUGUCAAUGUUCUCACCGAGAAUCCGGAGACCGACGUCGGCCAGUGGCUUCAAUUCUUCGCUAUGGACAUGUUGAUUCGUAUUGCUUUCAGCGACACCCUCGGCUUACUGGCCAAGGGCGACGAUAUUGACGGGACGCUUGCUGCCGUCAUGGCGCGAUUCGACCAUUGGGGCCAAUGGGGCGCGAUGCCUGAUGCAGACUUCCUUCUCAAUAAGAGCCGACUUGCUACGCUUCUACGAGGAGCCGGUGACAGUCCACUUGCCAGGGUUGGGAUGAGCAAGCUGGAAGCGAGAAGGAAUGAUCCUGAUAAGCAAAGUUAUGCGGAUCUCUGCUCCAGGUUCCUUGAAGGCCAGGCCAAAUACCCCGACCUCUUGCGACAGGAUGAGAUCCUGGGUAUCAUCAUGUCCACCAUUGGUGCAGGCGCUGACACCACGGCUGGUACUCUGACAUAUACCCUAUACUUCCUCUCAAAGAAUCCCACCGCGAAGUCCAAACUUCUGCAAGAGAUCGAAGAAAGCCUCCGCGCUGGUACACUGUCUAGCACGCCUAAAUGGAAGGAGGUGCAGCACAUGCCUUACCUCGAUGCGGUACUGAAGGAGUCGAUGCGACUUCUUCCGAUCGCAUCCUGGGGCCUUGACCGAGUCGUUCCCCUGGCAGGCGUGAUGAUUGCGGGCAAAUUUAUUCCCGGGGACACUAUUGUUGGAUGCCAGAUCGAUGCCACUCACCUGGAUGAAGAUGUCUACGGCAUCGAUUCGGAUUUGUAUAGACCGGAGAGGUGGAUUGAAGCAAAUGAAGACCAGCGCCGACAAAUGGAUCGUUCGUUUCUGACAUUUAGUGCCGGCAAAAGGAUCUGCACGGGAGUCCACAUCGCGUGGUUGGAGAUGAAGAAGACGCUGCCACUGUUGCUGAUGAAUUUCGAUGUGAGUAACCCCUCUCCGAAUUCUUCUUGGAAAAAGACCACCAAGUGA